AUGCAGAGAACUUAUUUUCUUUUCGCUGGAGCCUUGGUACUGUUGCAUUUUGUCACAACUAGCUCAGCUAGCAUAAUUGUAGCCAACAACCAUAACAACAGUGCUAGUGAUCUGAAUGCUCUUCUUGCCUUCAAAGCCGCCAUUUUCGAUCCCCGAAGGAUUAUCUCUACCAACUGGUCCACUUCUUCCUCUGUUUGCAACUGGAUUGGAAUCACUUGUAACACUCGCCAACUUUUCUUACAUGGGAAUUGUAGGAACCAUACCUCCAGAACUGGGAAAUCUUUCUUUCCUAGUCACAGCUUUCAUGGACACCUUCCAACCGGGCUAUCUCGUCUGCGCCGAUUGAAGUACAUCAACUUGAAAGGUAAUGCCUUUGAAGGGGAAUUUCCAUCAUGGUUGGGAUGUUUGAGUGCACUCCGAUACUUAUCCUUCCGAGAUAACGGAUUUUCAGGUUCAUUAUCAGGCAGGCUCUCUAAUUUCACAAAGUUAGAGACCAUCAGUUUGGGUUUCAACUUUUUUACUGGAAAUCUUUCAGAAGAAUUCAGGGCUCUACCGAAAUUGAAAUUUUUGGAAAUUCAAUUUAACCAACUUGUAGGCCCUCUGCCACUGGCUCUGUUUAACCUCUCCUCAUUGCAAGUUAUUGGUUUUACCAAUAAUAGCUUAUCGGGUUCCCUCCAAGCACAUAUCUGCAAUUAUCUCCCACAACUUAAAGGGCUUUACUUAUCACUUAAUAACUUGGAAGGUGAAAUUCCAUCAGGCAUCGGAGAAUGUUCAAACCUCCAAGUUUUAUCCUUGUCUUACAACAAAUUCCGAGGAUAUAUACCAAAGGAAAUUUGGAAUCUAACCACGCUUACACAAUUAUAUUUGGGUGGGAACGACCUGACAGGUGAAAUUCCAAAAAUCAUUGGCAAUCUCUAUAAUUUGGAGAUACUAAGCAUGGAGCGUGCUAAUAUUACAGAGAAUGAUUUGUUAGGCAAGCUUCCAUCAACUAUAGGUGCUUUCUUACCCAAUCUUGAGGGACUCUACCUUGGGGGAAAUGAAUUGACUGGAACUAUACUAACAUCUAUCUCAAAUGCUUCUAGGCUCAGAAUGCUAGACCUUGGUGUGAACCAUUUUACUGGUGCAAUUCCUCGUUCUCUUGGAAACUUGAGAUUACUGGAACAGUUUGUUAUAUCGCAAAAUGAUUUUUCUGAGGACUCGCUAUCCACAGAGUUGAGCUUCAUCAUAUCCCUAUCAAACUGCAAACAUUUAAGAAGGUUGUGGAUAAAUGAGAAUCCUCUUAAUGGCUUCCUCCCAAAGUCUAUUGGAAAUCUUUCUAGCUCACUCGAAUUCAUUGAUGCCACUCGUUGUGGAAUCAGAAGUGAAAUUCCAAGUUCGAUUGGUAAUUUGAGCAACUUGAUAGGGCUGAACUUUGCAACCAAUAGCUUGACAGGAGUAAUUCCAACUACAAUCAAAUGGUUGUUGAAGCUUCAGAUGAUAGAUCUAACUGACAACCAGAUACAAGGAGCUAUUCCAAGUGAGCUUUGUUAUUUGUUGAACUUAGAAGGAUUAUAUCUGGCAAAUAAUAAGCUUUCUGGUGUGGUGCCUUCUGGUUUAGGAAAUGUUACAACACUCAGAUAUGUUUAUCUCAAUUCUAACAAUUUAAGUUCUGUGAUACCGACAAGCUUUUGGAGCCUUAGAGAUAUUUUGGGGCUGGACAUGUCUGAAAAUUGUUUGACAGGUUCUUUGCCUGCGGAAAUUGGAAACUUGAAGGCAUUAGUCUAUUUGAACCUUUCAAAUAAUCAAUACUUGGGUGGGAUACCUAGCACUGUUGGAACACUACAGGAUUUGCAAGAACUCGCCUUGGAACAUAACAAGCUACAAGGAUUGAUACAGAUUCCUUGA